CCUGCAUUCACAAAACGUGUUUUCAGACCUGAUAUGGCCAACAUGAAGCAAGAGGACCCAGAAAUCAGUGUGAAAACACAGGCCCGAUAUUGCUCAGUAGCAUGGAAGUACUAUAUCAAAAAUGAGAGCAAUGCCACUGUUUACUGCAGGCUGUGUAAGACGAACUUUAAGUUCUCUUCAAAUACAGCUAACAUGAUAAAACACCUCAGAGUGAAACAUCGACUGAAUAUCCCCGCAGUAGCCAACGGCGGUGAAAGACUGUGCACGGAAGAGCCAGGCGAAGGCAGCAUGGACAUGGAUCUCCCACUUGAAAGGCAUCCUGCAAGCCUCAGUGGUCAAAAUCUUCGGAGAAGAAUGCAGCGUUUUUUGCCAUUUUCUGAUCGACGCACGUCGAAAGUGUGGAACCACUACACUCAGUUAAGUCUGCAUCGAGUUGAAUGCAACCAUUGUAAGAGACAGCUUUCCUUUCACAACAGCACUACUUCCAUGAGAGAACACUUAGGACGCAAACACAGCAUUCGGGAAGGAGCGGUACCCCCUCACAACACAGCAGGCAUCCCCACCCCUGCAGCGUUACACUCUCACAUUCAGACCUCUUUACAUGCCAACAGAUGCAACACCACAGGCAAUGUUGCAUUUCAACCAGUGUUACCCGUUACUGUCAAAGAGGAGCAGGAAGAAGUACUGACAGCUGAGAUGGGAGAGACCAAACCUGCUCGGACCACGUAUGUUCCUGACUGUGCGGCAGGAAGCGGUACUUCUAGUUCAAAUGUCAUUGCACACCAAGAUACAGAUAUGGGCUGCCUAAUGUAUAAUUUCCCUGCAGGGGAGAUGAGCAGCACUGCUGGAGGCAGCAGCAUCCGCACUGGCACAAGAGCCUGCAGUAACAAGCGAGCCGAGGUGUUGACCGAUCUUAUCUUGGAGAUGGUCUUCAGAGACCUUCAGCCAUUGUCUGUGGUGGAAGAGAGGGGGUUCAAGCUCUUACUGAGUUGCCUAGAGCCUAACUACCCCGUGCCUUCUCCAUCUCUGCUCGGCAGUCUACUUUGGCAUCGGUACCACAUCCUCAAGCAAAGCCUUCAGCAGCAUCUUCAGACAAGUUUAGCUUCUCACUGUCUGACCCUCUGCACCGAAUACUGGCGAUCUGUAGAUGGAUGUGGGGUUGGCGGGGACGGUCAGUUCUACCUUACAGUCAGUGCGCACUUUGUGGACUCUCACUGGCGCCUGGCACGCUGCGUGCUCGAGACCCGACCGGUAGCCGAAUUCAAGGGAAACCCAUCUGAGAGAGGGCAAGCGAGCUUUGCAGACACCCUGAGAGGAGUCCUCUCCGAGUUCCAGCUUCCAGAGGACUCUGUUUUCUGUGUUGUGCAUGACACCCCAAGUAGAUCUGAGUCUGGGGGUCAGGAGAAUAUGACCAUUGAUCCGGAAUAUCAGCAAGAAUUUGCUGGACCCAGCCAUCCUCCCCCGAGUAAUCUUCCGGAGGGAUGGGCACCUCUGCUUUGUGCAGGACAGGCCCUGAAACUCUGUGUCCAGGAGGGACUUUGCGUGGAGACUGUUAGACAAGCUCUGGCAGAUGCCCGUGCCAUCGUCCUACAUUUCCAGCAUGAUGUGAGCGCUUCCACAGCACUGAGCCAGAAAGCAGAGGCUGUUAAUAAAGAGUCCGCAUGCUUGGUCUUGAAUGACCCAGGGCGCUGGACCACCGCUAUUGAGAUGUGCGAGAGUCUCCUGGAGCUCAAGUGGGUAGUAAGCUCUGUCUUAGAGGAGCAAAAAGUUGCAACAAAUCUGGCGGAUCACCAGUGGCGCCUUAUACAUGAACUGGUCCCUGUGCUAAAAACGGUUCGCAUUGCGGCAUCGUUUUUGAGCGAGGACAUCAAUGGACCAAUUUCAGCCCUAAUGCCGUGCCUCCAAGGAGUGUCCAGGCUCCUGGGACAGAAAAUUGUGGAGUGCACCUGUCCAGUGGUGAGGGGAGUUAUGGAGAGAAUUCGUGCUGGUAUGGACAAACGCUGGAGUUUGAGUGAUGAAGAUGCUCUUCUGGAGUGCCAUGCCGUACUGUCCUCAUUUCUGGACCCACGUUUUAAAGAGUUGCGGUUUCUUAGCCCUCAUGCCCGCAGCAAGCUGCAUGACAAGGUGAAAGAGCUGCUAUCUGUUCAGGCUUUCACAAGCAGCAAAGGAAGGAAUGGAGAAAGAAGACAAAGCAUGGGAAUGGAAGAGACUGUGGAUGAAAGUGUAGAACCUGCAGAUUUUGGAUUGGAUGAUUCUUUGACAAUUCCUGCAAUGGCUUCUUUGGAUUCUCCUGAAUCGUGUGGCUCAGCAGAGGAAGGUGACAGCGUUGAGCUGCAGCCAAGCGAGCCCUCCGUUGCCAUAUCAUCUCCAGAACAGGUCAAUGAAAACGCGCUUGAGGUUGUUGGAUCACCUUUCAAGAACACCAACGAACGUAAAAGACGUUCUAGUGGGACCAGUAUGACCUCUCCACUGAGGGGAGAUUUACAGCUCACGCCUCGAAUACGAAUGAGUCCUCUCCCACAAAGCAUGUACGAUAUUCUUCUGGGCGAGGACCCUACUGAGCGAAUGCCCGAAAUUCACCAGCAGCUGGAGAAUUACAUUGCAGAGCCACUCUGCAAACGCAGCCUCUCGCCCCUGCAAUGGUGGCGCAACAAGGAGCAUCGCUUUCCUGCUGUAGCCAGACUGGCACGAAAAUACCUGUCCAUACCAGCAACUGCUGUUUCCGCCGAUCGGACCUUUGCCCCUAGGGAGUCUCCGGUGACCCAAAGAAGGGCCACAUUGGGGUCUAAACACCUUGAUCAUAUUUUGUUUCUCCAUCAGAACACUGAUUACGUAGAUCAACUGAAAGGUGGAACCUCUGUACGUGAAAUUGACCAGUGGAACAAUGUCAGUGGAAACCAAAGCAGAGAAAGUCUUUACCAGACUCUAGUGUCCUAUGAAAGUAAGGUUCGUGUGCCUGAGGAAGAGUCAUGAUCACUGUUUGUUUAUUUUCUGGUUUAAUUUUUGAACAUUUCUUCUGUCACAUCCCACAAUAAGCUCCUUCUAAAGGAUUAGUUCACUUCAGAAUUAAAAUUUUCAGACAAUUUACUCACCCCCAAGAUGUUUAUGUCUUUCUUUCUUCAGUUGAAAAGAAAUUAAGGUUUUUGAGGGAAAACAUUCCAGGAUUUUUCUCCAUAUUGUAGAAUUCAAUGGGGUAUAACGGGUUGAAGUUUCAAUGCAGCUUCAAAGGGCUCUACACAAUCCCAGACGAGGAAUAAGGGUGUUGUCUAAUGAAAUGAUUGGUAAUUUUCUAAACAACAUAAAAUGCUCAUCUUGUGCUGCUUUGCGAUGCGCCACGCGUUACGUAAUCAAGUUGGAAAGGUCACGCGUGACGUAGGCAGAAGUACUGAGCAAGUGUUUAGAAAGCGAACGUGCAAAGACUAAGUCAGCCUUCACAAAAAAAGUAAAACAACGAUGUCGGAUGAUUUUGAAGUUGGAGGAGAAAAUGAGAUGGAGUUUUUUGCCCCACCGCGGUACUUCCACCUACGCAUGACCAUUAUGUAAUGUGUGGCGCAGAGCAGUGUAAGAUGAGCAUUUGUGGUUAAAGUAUAUACAUUUUUAUUUAGAAAAUGACCAAUUGUUUCGCUAGAUAAGACUUGUAUUCCUCGGCUGGGAUUGUGUAGAGGCCUUUGAAACCGCAAUGUGGACCUUCAACCCAUUAUGCCCCGGUGAAGUCCAAAAAUCCUGGAAUAUUUUCCUCAAAAACCUUAAUUUCUUUUUGACUAAAGAAAGACAAAGUAAAUUAUCAGGAAAUUUUAAUUCUGAAGUGAACUAAUCUUUUAAUUACAUGGUUAUCUGAUGACUUCCAUCAUCAAUGGGUUCUAGUUGCAAGGAUUAUGGAGAGAGAUGAAUACAGUUAUGUAAAUGAGUUUUGAAAUAACACAUUCCUUGUGCAAGGAAUUUGUGACACUAUUGUUUAAUAUGGUUUUUGGUCUCUAAGAGGCCUGAGGGUCUGUGUAGUUAAUGUCUUGUGACUAAUAUAGAUAUUGUUUUACUAAAUCUGUUUUACUACAUUCUUAACUUGUCUCUACUGAAUUACGCAAUAUGAGCACGAGCAAUCAAGCUGCUGUUUUGAAUAUUAGUAUGACUGUGAUUUGGCCAUAGGUCAUCACAAUCGUGCAGAUAUCAGGCUUUUUUUCUGAACCGUUCGCAUACUCUGUUUUCGAACACCGCAAAUCAAAUUUGGUCAAUUCUAGGCCAGGAAGUAACUGUUGUAUUAUUGUUUAAUAUGUUUUUUUUUUUUUUUUUUUUCAAAUUCUGCAUAUAGUGUUACUUCAAUAUUAUUGUCACUUUACAAAGUGUUGCAAGCAUUACAUGCAUUGUUAAAGUAAUGCAUGCAUUUAAACCACUUCCUCCUUUAUAUUUAUGGGGGAUUGGAUAUUGACAUGCAAAAUUAGGUAUUAGUAAUCUUUUUCAUACUUGCAACUUUAGAAUUUUCAGUGUAUUCUAUCGGUAGCAUGAUCAGAUUAAAGUGUUGUAUGAAAUAUU